AUGGCCAAGACAGCAAAGAUCAAGAAGCGGGAAGUCACGGUGCACUCGCGUGCUGCCCGCCGCGCCGCCUCGCCCUCAAUCGACCUGGACAAGAAGCUCAAGCAGACGACGCGCGACUCGACGUCUCCCUCCCGGCCGUCGCAGGUGAAGCCACACGCCCUCGCCGCCCAGAAUGGCGGCAUCCAGAAGAAGCAGAAAAAGGGCAACAUGACCCGCGCGCAACGGCUGCGGCACCAAAAAGGCCUCGAGCGCGCAGCAGACGUCAUGGACAAGCGCCAGGUCAAGGUCGUCAAGAGCCUCGGCAAGGAGCGCAACAUCAAGGAGCGCAGCAAGGGCUGGGAAGACGUCAACGGCGACGGCAAGAAGCGCAAGAAGACGACCGGCCUCGACGACGCUGACGAGCACGACGCCGACGGCAAGGAUGACCGCGAGUGGGUCAGCGACGAAGAAAUGGACGACACGGUCGCUGCUGCUGCUGCUGCUGCUGCUGCUGCUGCUGCUGCUGCUGCGCCCGAGCCUGCAGCCGCUGUCGCAGAGAGCAUACCGCUGCCCGUUGUAGAGGAUGAGCUGCUGUAG